AUGACACUAUCGACCCCUGACUCUCCCCUCGGAGCAGCAUCCCUACCACGGUCUCCUCUACAGGUGAUGCACGAGGAGCAGACCAUCGGUAUAGAGAAUGGCGUACCUGAGCAGGGUUUUGAAAUGGAGCAGGUGAUAGAAGUAGGGACCGAGAGACGUACUGUUGCCCCCGUUGAAACUACAACCGAUCUAGAACUCGACCCUUCCAACCUGUCAACCACCCCAGACUUGCUCCUUGGGGCAACCGACGGCCUGGAGGCAUUCGAUUUCCUUUGGAACGACUUUCCCGCUGAUGGUCAACCUCUUCCGACUAGCUUUCUCAACACCGAUCUAUCUCUCGUCGAUAUUUCGCUACAGUACUCCCACUUGCCUUCAAGUUUACCAUUACAUCAUCCUGCUAUUCCUCAAGCAGCUCCCCAAGUAGAUGUUGGCUCCUCUGGCGACAUCCCCACCGAUCCGAACCUCAACGUACCUGUCAACAUAAACCUAUCACAAGAUGCAUCACAGACCCGUCCCAUGGUAUCGAGACUGCCGUCCCUUGAACCGUCCUCCUCCUCCAGACCAAGUGCCUUGGGGUCAAGUGCGAGCUACCAGCCUUUUCUGGCCCCCGGUCAGAGUUCAUCUGCCUGUCCCUGGCGAAUAUUACCAGAACAAUACCAGGACCUCGCACAGCGAGUAGCAUCUUUGACAAGGACUGUGCCUCAUCCCUUUACCUUUCCUUCGAGGCACACGCUGUCACGAUAUCUCGAGGGGUAUUUCCGUGGCUUUCACGCUCAUAUGCCAAUGCUCCAUGUGGCAACUUUGACGUUGGGUGGGCUAGGCCCAGAACUCACAUUAGCCCUCGCAGCUGUCGGAGCGCUGUAUCGUUUUGAACAUGCAAAAGGCAUCGAACUGUAUCGUGUUUCCAAGAUUCUCAUCAACCGCCGACUGGACCAGUUUUACGAAGAAACUGUCUCACGUCUCACUGGUAGUUCCCCCGAAUUUGCCGGCUUCACACCCGUACCCAGCAACUCGCAGUACGAUCAGCAAUCCCCAAUCCAGUCCAAGGGACAAUGUGGUUUUCACCUACUGCAGGGUCUGCUUGUCCUCAUGGCCAUGACAUCUUGGGGCGAAAGAGCUUUGGUCCGAGAUGCCUUGUCGAUGGCCAGUCAAGUUGCAACGCUGGUGCGUGAGUUUGGCAUCAGUGAACCUGAGGACACUGCGAUAAGGGACAUGUCAUGGGAGGACUGGAUCCUUGCCGAAGAGAAACGCCGUACUCUCUUUGUGGCCUACGCGCUCUUCAGCCUCCAGUGUGCUGCGUUCAACGUACCCCCCAUGAUUCUUAAUCAAGAAGUCGGUCUUAAUCUACCCGCUUGUGCUUCCUGGUGGGAAGCACAGACUGCGCUGGAGUGGUCCAAUCUCCAAAACAGCAUUCCAUGCCAGCCGAGGUCAUUUCAGCAGACGAUCGAGAAACUACUCUCGGGGUCUUCAAUUCACCAUGAGGGCGGCAUCUCAGCUUUUGGAAACUAUGUCCUCAUCCAUGGCAUGUUUCUCCAGAUAUUUCACGCUCGCAACGCCCUAGGCCCAGUACCAGACCCCCGAAGCUCGCUCAGCGAAGAGUUCAUAAAGAAGAUGGAGGCCGCUCUCCGCGCAUGGCAGGAGUCUUGGGAGGCAACGCAUGAGUCAACUCUGGACCCGUCGUCUCCGAAAGGUCCAAUGGGAUUCAACUCGACGGCUCUGUUACGUCUCGUCUAUGUACGUCUGAAUGCAAACACUGGACCCUAUCGGCAGCUUUUUACACGAGACCCUACUGUCAUCGCCCGUGCCUUUAUAGAUGGUAAGAUUAGAGUCUGUAACAGAUCUCCACAUCUUGACAGGGCUAUUCUGCAGUGCAUACACGCAUUGAGCAUCCCCGUGCGCGUUGGGAUUGCAUUUGUCGCACGCACUCUCACACUUUACUGGAGCUUCCAGCACGCUCUCUCUAACCUCGAAUGCGCCUUUCUAAUGACAUACUGGCUGCGAUCGCUUGCUAUUUGUGUCAAGACUUCAGGGCCAAGCGUUUUACGACCGGAUGAGCAGAAAUUGCUUGACAUGGUAGUCGCGCUCGUUCGGGAGACGGAACUUGCAGACCUGUUGGAUAGUGCUAGGGAUUAUGCGACUCAGAUACGGAUGCUAGCAGCGUGUGUGGCUCGGCUUUGGGCAGAGACAUUCAAGGGAUUCCAGGUCUUUGAGAUUGUGUAUAUUGUUGGACAGAGUCUUUUUGUUGUGGCAGAUACUUUGCAGCAGGAAUAG